AUGAGCGCAAGCGUGAGGGGUCCCUGCCAGAGGUCUGGGGAGAGGGGAGAGCAGUUGGAGGAGGAGGCGGCGGCCGCUGGGCGUCUAGCAGAGGCCCCGGAGGCCGAGGAGUGUUCGGACGUUGAUUCAGACUCCGACUGGGAGAUGGAAGGCAUCCAGGGGCCUGGAGAACUGCUCAAGGACACCCUCUACCUGAGGUCCUGCCAAGCCCAUAGUGUUGUGCCUGCCUCCCGCUUUCUGCACCUAGGGAGCACCCCAGAGCUGAACCUGCGGCACCGUGGCCUGGGGCCUCAGGGUGCCCAGGCUUUGGCUUCAGCAUUGACCUCUAAUCCCUAUGUCAAGCGACUGGACCUUCGAGACAAUGGGCUCUGUGGGGCUGGUGUGGAGGCCCUGGCAGGUGCCCUGAGCAAAAGCUGCAGUAUCUGUGAUGUGGACCUGUCGGACAACCAGAUGGGAGUGGUGGGAGCUCAAGCAGUCUGUGCUGCCCUCAUGGUGAAUCCAACCAUGCAGAAGGUACAGCUGGCAGGGAAUGGCCUGGAGGAGCAUGCAGCCCAGUACCUUGCUGAACUCCUGCUGGCCCACACAGGCCUGAAAUCGCUGGACCUAAGCUAUAACCAGCUGAAUGACCAAGCAGGGAAGAUGCUCGGGCCGGCCCUGGCAGAAAAUACAGGACUCACUGAGCUUAAUAUAAGCUGGAAUCACCUUCGAGGACCAGGAGCUGUGGCCUUUGCCAGGGGACUGGAGGCAAACAUCUUCCUCAGAGUCCUGGACAUCUCAUACAAUGGCUUUGGAGAUCCUGGAGCAUCCGCGGUGGGUGAGGCACUUAAGACCAACAAUGUGUUGGAGGAACUCAACAUGAGCAACAACCGCAUCUCUGCAGUGGGAGCCUUGAGCCUGGGCCUGGGCCUCCGGGUCAACCAGACACUGAGGAUUCUUGUUAUCUCCAGGAAUCCCAUACGAGGUGAAGGCUGCUUUGGAGUUCUGAAGUCCAUCCGGGAUAAUUCAAUGUCUGCCCUAGAACUUCUGGAUUUCUCUGAUAUCCAAGUGGACAGAGAGUUUGAUGACUUCACUAGCUCCGUGAAGGAAGUUCUUCCAGCACUCCAUGUAAAGACUGCUGCCCACGGACUGUAGUACAAAAAAGAGUCCCUAUCAGCAUCUGCCCCUAAGUGA